AUGGGGAAGAUCAAGAUCGGAAUCAACGGAUUUGGAAGGAUCGGAAGGUUGGUGGCCAGAGUGGCUCUGCAGAGAGAAGAUAUUGAACUCGUCGCCAUUAACGAUCCUUUCAUCACCGGCGACUACAUGGUUUACAUGUUCAACUAUGACACUGUGCACGGUCGCUGGAAGCAUAACGAUGUCAAGCUUAGGGACGCAAACACCCUUCUCUUUGGUGACAAGCCCGUCUCUAUUUUUGCUGCCAGGAACCCAGAUGAGAUCCCAUGGUCUGGGAGCGGAGCUGAAUAUGUUGUCGAGUCAACCGGUGUUUUCACCGAUAAGGAAAAGGCUGCUGCCCAUUUGAAGGGUGGAGCGAAGAAGGUUAUCAUCUCAGCUCCCAGCAAAGACGCUCCUAUGUUUGUUGUGGGUGUCAAUGAGAAGGAAUACAAGCCAGAUCUUCAUAUUGUUUCCAAUGCUAGUUGCACGACCAACUGCCUUGCUCCCCUUGCAAAGGUCAUUCAUGAUAGGUUCGGUAUUGUUGAGGGUCUGAUGACCACCGUUCACUCCAUUACUGCCACCCAAAAGACUGUCGAUGGACCUUCUUCUAAGGAUUGGAGAGGUGGAAGAGCUGCUUCAUUCAACAUCAUUCCCAGCAGUACUGGAGCUGCAAAGGCUGUUGGUAAAGUGCUGCCUGAACUGAACGGAAAAUUGACGGGAAUGUCUUUCCGUGUUCCUACUGUUGAUGUCUCAGUGGUUGACCUUACCGUGAGGCUGGCAAAGUCAGCUACUUAUGAUGAAGUGAAAGCUGCCAUCAAGGAGGAGUCUGAGGGAAAACUGAAGGGAAUCUUGGGUUACACUGAAGAUGACGUGGUUUCCACUGACUUUGUGGGGGACAGCAGGUCUAGUAUUUUUGAUGCAAAGGCCGGAAUUGCUCUGAAUGAUAACUUCCACAAGUUGGUCUCAUGGUACGACAAUGAGUGGGGAUACAGCUCUCGUGUUGUCGACUUGAUUUCCUACAUCGCAUCCGUUGAUCAUGCUUAG